CCAAUAUGGCUGAAUUUGGUGAACCACGACUGGAAAACGUUGUCGAGUACAAAAUCUUCAGUAGUCACUUGGCUGGUGUAGAAACUGUGGAAGAUACAUUGUAUGAUGUUUUAUCAUAUGCUCAGUCACUUAUCGGCGAUUACAUUUGGCAAAAUGAUUGUUUUAAUUUGAGUCAAGAGUUGGAAAAACCGAAAGAAAAUGUGGAGCAUUCGGAACAGAACAAGUUUCUCAAAGGGUCCACAAAUUUCGGUGAUAAUAUUGAAGAUGAGUGGUUCAUAGUUUAUCUGUUGUUUAGCAUAACUAAACAAUUUCCUCAGCUUGUUGUCACUGUGAACGAUAAUGAUGGCGAGUUUCUGCUUAUAGAAGCAGCCGAUUAUCUCCCAAAGUGGCUCGAGCCUGAUACGAGCGAAAAUAGAGUUUUCAUCUAUCAAGGAAACCUACACAUCAUACCACUUCCGAGCAAACCUUCAGAAAUUACCAUAUUUCCUACAGGAAAGCCUACUGUUUAUCAAGCAUUGAAAGUUCUCAAAACAAAUGCCGAGAAGACUACAGCCCUACCGUGGAUUCAAGAUCCCGUUAUGAAAAAAAUUCAAGAGUAUCCCAAUAAAGCCAAAGAAAGCUUUCAUAAUGUUUUGUGUUAUAUUCCAUCUGAGGUGAAAUACUUGUUGGAAACAAAGAAUUCUCUAAUUUCUCCGGCAGUUUUAGCUUUUAUUAACAGGGAUCCAGUUGAUAUGAAAACGUGCCAAAAACUGACGCAUUUUAGUUUAGAGUCACUUGUGCCUUAUCGUGUUCGUUUCACUAAGUGUUUGUAUGGCCAGCUGGUUAAACAGAACUUCAUUCCUGACAAGUAUGCAGUAAAACUUCUGCCUGAGGUUUCAAGUCCUGCAUAUAAGGGGCACUUGUUUGGACUACAGCUAACGUAUGGUUUUGAGAUACUGUAUAGCCAGCAAAGUCGUUAUGCUAGUGGCGUAACGACACCCAAUACCGCAAGUUGUCAACAAUGGGAGAAGUACUUGGACUCUUUAACAAAGCAUGGGUACUUUCAAAAUGAAGUUGUAGGAUCUCGAUUGUACAGCCAACUUCUGCAAAAUGCAAAGGAAUAUUUCACCAGGAUCUGUUUGAAUUCGGAACAAACUAGUCAAAACAAUUCAAAUGAAAUCGAACAGUUACUUGAAGAUAUGCCAGUGCCUAACAAAGCAUCAGAUCAAUCUAAACCAGAGGAAUUUCCUCCGGAUGAUGAAGAAAGCUGGUUAGAGCUUUCUCCUGAAGAAUUAGACCUAAUUUUGUCUCAAUAUGGUCUCUCAACUGGUGAGGAUGUAGAUUUGAGGGAAGUUGUAAACGGAAUGAACUCAUUUGUGGAGACAAUAUCCAGUUAUGAAGGUGCUGAAUUUCCUUCAGAUCUAGGCGAAGAACCAGAUAUACAAUUUGAUCCUGAAGGAUUCAUGACGUCUUUGGACAAAUUUUUAACAAAGCCAAUCAACAGAGUUGAGAAUGAAACAGUCUCUGAUGACGACUCGUACAGCAGUAAUGCCAGCGACGAUGAAGAGAUCCACGAUUACACCAGUGCAAUGGAUAAAGAACUUUCGUUAUCAAACGUUGGGAAAAGUUUUGUAGAAGUGCAAGAGAAGAGUGAAGAAACAUCGAGCAACAAAGAUCAAAGCCCUGGUCAAACAAGUGAAGAUGACGCAAUGAAACCUGUAGAUAUUGAUUUGAAUUUAGUACAAAAUUUUCUGGAAUCUUAUUCAUUACAAGAAGGAUUGCCUGGUCCUGUUUCUAAUAUUCUCAGCCCACUGGGAAUAAUAUUGCCUGAAAAUCUUCCACAAACUGAUACUUAAACAAUUAAAAUAUACAUAUUAAAUUAUAAUAAUUAGUUGUACAAUACAAUACAGUACAUGUACACAUAUUCUUUAAUUCAUAGUGUGGUUGAAAUUUUGCGUUUACAGGUUUAUGAACAUUAACUCAACAAACAUUUAAAAAAAGCAUUAAUAAUCGAAAACUUUAUAUAAGGUAGCUAUAUAAUUGAGUUGGAAAAAAUGUAAAGCACUCAACAUCAACUGCCUGAAUCAAACUGAAAGAAUCACCAAUUUGGGCAUAUCAUUUCUUUAUUGUCUUCUUGUUAUAGGAUUAACCUCUGCUUGUUUUCUACCUUCCUCCCUUCAGAAUUUUCUUUUUAUAGUCUAUACUGUCCUGGUG